AUGUCCGUUACCGAUCUCUUCAUUCGCCGACCGGUCCUGUCGAUCGUGUUCUGCAUAUUCCUUCUCGUCGCAGGACUGAGGACGGUCCUAGGUUUACCGAUUCAAAGCUUCCCGCAAACGGUUAGCGCGACUAUUCAGGUUCUGACUACGUAUUACGGUGCGGAUGCCGGCACUGUCGCGGGCUUCAUCACGACGCCCAUAGAAGGCGCGGUAGCGGCCACCGACGGGGUGGACUACAUCUCUUCUUCGAGCCAGACGAGUAUAAGCACCGUCACGCUUCACCUGAAGCUCAAUAAAGAUCCUAAGCAGGCAAUCGCGCAGGUGCAGGCUUACGUUUCCGCCAUUGCUAACAAGUUUCCGGCGGGAACGCAGCAGCCUGUCAUCACAAUGUCGAACAAUGAAGGGUCCGCGAUGUAUAUCGCGGUUUCCAGCAAAUCGCUGCGUCUUGAACAGGUGGCCGAUUACACGGCGCGGGUGGUGCUGCCGCAACUCCAGUCCGUCCCUGGCGUGCUUCAGGCGACGGAUAUGACGCAGGCCAAUAUGGCACUGCGCGUCUGGUUCGAUGCCAAGCGUCUUGCCGGAUAUGGCCUGACAGCGAACGACGUGGCGACCGCGUUAGCACAGAAUGACUAUGUGACCGGUAUCGGACAGACGCUAGGCGGUAUGACGUCGGUUGAUCUCGCCGUCACCAGCAGCCUGCAUACCGAGGAACAGUUCAGACAACUGGUCGUUGCGCAGCGGGGUUCGGCGCUCAUAAGGCUGGGUGAUGUCGCGAAAGUCGAGUACGGCCCCGAGAUGACGGAAGUGCGCAUCACAAAUCCGCUCGGGAGCGGCGCGUUCAUCCGCGUUACCCUCGCCCCCGGGGCAAACCUGAUCGCAACCUGCGAUCGACUGCAUGACGUGCUCUCCCACAUCUCCGCGCACCUUCCCCCGAACAUCCGGACAAAGGUGAUUUUCGACCUGUCGGAUUUUGUGCGGGCAUCCCUGCACGAGGUAAUCCUGACACUGCUGGAAGCGAUAGCAAUCGUGACUGGCGUGAUCUUCCUCUUCCUCGGUUCGUUCCGUUCGGUUCUCAUCCCGCUUGUGACCAUUCCGCUCUCGCUCAUUGGAACUGUCGCGCUUAUGGGCUUGAUGGGAUUUUCGAUCAAUUCCCUGACCCUGCUCGCUCUUGUGCUGGCCACAGGAUUGGUGGUGGAUGACGCGAUCAUCGUCGUUGAAAACGUUAACCGGCAUCUGGCCAUAGGCGAGAAACCAAUCGAUGCCGCCUUGAAGGCGGCCCGUGAACUGGGGCGGCCCAUUGUUGCAAUGACGGUCGUCCUGGUUGCGGCCUACGUGCCGAUCGGCCUGCAAAAGGGAAUAACCGGCGCACUCUUCACAGAGUUCGCGUUUACCUUGGCAGCAAGCGUCACGGUCUCGGCCGUUCUGGCGCUCGUGUUGUCGCCCAUGAUGUGCGCAACGCUGUUGCGGCCACAUGACGCGACCGCUCCGCGUUGGGUGAAGUUCAGCGAUCUGGCGCUUGGCCUUAUGCACCGCGCCUAUGCAAAGGUGCUGCGGAUCGUCCUUCGGUUCUGGCCCGCCGGAAUCGUGUUGGCCUGCGUGGUUCUCGGAGCGUCCGUGAUGUUCUACCGCGGUGCGACCCAUGAGCUUGCCCCUGCCGAGGAUCAGGGAAUCAUUGUCGUUGCGGGGCAGGCCCCCCCCUCGACAACACUCGAUUACGUCGAGAAAUACGAUCCUCCUGUGCUCGAUGCUUUCAAAGGUAUCCCGGAAAUGGAGGAUUUCUGGAUCGUGGAUGCUCCGCGAGAGCAACAAGCCGGUAUUGUGCUUCAGGACUGGCAUAAGAGAAGUCGGUCAAGCACGAGCAUUCAACAGACCCUUCAAUCCAAGCUCGACAAUAUUACAGGGCUACAAUAUGGCGUUUUCCAGCUUCCCGCACUCCCCGGUGGGACAGGGAUGCCGAUUCAAUUUGUUAUCAAGGGCACUCGUUCCACUGACGAACUGGCCUCCGUGAGUAAAGAGAUAGUGACAGAAGCGCGACGAAGCGGGCUGUUCGCCUAUAUCGACAACGACCUGCUCAUCGACCAGCCCCAGACGACGCUCGUCCUGGAUCGGUCGAAGCUCGCGGAACUCGGUCUGAAUGUAUCGGAUGUCGGCAACAGCCUGAACUGGCUGCUCGGCGGCAGUUAUGUGAAUUAUUUCAGCCGAGACCAACGGUCGUAUCGCGUCAUGCCGCUCGUCACGCGCGGGCAGCGCCUGAACGCCGAGCAGAUUCUCGACUAUCCGAUAGCCUAUACACAUCCGCAAAGCGGACCGGCGAUUCCGAUCCCGCUGUCGUCGAUCGCACACCUGACACAUCAGGUCGUGCCCGAGCAGAUUGCUCAUUUCCAGCAGCUCAAUUCCACAACGCUUCGGGGUGGGUAUGCGACGGACACGACGGGAUCACUGCGAGAUUACCUGACGGAACGGGGUUCUUUUCUUCCUAGUUUUGGCUUCGGAAUUCUCGUUAUCUUCCUCGCUCUUGCCGCCCAGUUUGGCAGUUUUCGUGACGCUCUCAUCAUCCUAGUCACAGUGCCCAUGUCCGUAGGAGGCGCGUUGCUUCUUCUCUGGCUCGGAAUGAAAGGUGCAUCCAUCAAUCUUUACAGUGAGAUCGGUCUCGUGACGCUGGCGGGACUAAUCAGCAAGCACGGAAUUCUCAUGGUCGAGGUUGCCAAUGAGAGCCGGGACCGAGGCAUGUCCAAGCGAGCGGCUAUCGAGCACGCCGCUCUUAUGCGGCUGCGACCGAUAUUAAUGACGACCGCAGCCAUGAUCCUAGGCGUGUUACCGUUGCUUGCAGCAUCUGGCGCCGGAGCCUCAUCGCGCUUCGUCAUGGGGCUAGUUCUUGCGGGCGGCCUCGCAAUUGGAACACUGUUUACGCUUGUUGUUCUACCCUGCUUCUAUCUCCUGUUCGGCCAUGGGAACAUCAUUUGUUCCGAUUGA